AUGUAUUGUCCCCUGGGUAAUCAUAUAUUACGUGGUCCGGGUGAAUUCAUAACAAAUCCACGUCAUAUACGUUUUAUCAACAAAUUGUUUCCAGAUUUUUUGGCCUCGGAAAAAGUAUGUGCAAAAUGUAAACAAGACAUAGCAAAUGCCUAUGAAUAUAAAAUAAAAAAAGCAUUAUCAUUAAGGGCUCAAAAUGGUUCAUUAAUUAGUUCCUAUAGUACGGAAGAAUCUAUUGUAGUAGAAAGUCCUAAUAAUGAAAAUUUAAGAAAUAUACAAAGAGAUUUGUUAGCAUCAUCGACUUCAUCAACAACAGAUGAUGAUGAUGGCCAACCGACUACAAGUGCCCAAGCAGCGGCUAAACGCAAACGACAAGAAGAACAAAAGAAACGAAAGCAAGAGCAAAAUUUAUUGGCUAUAAAUGUUCAAAGAGGUGCUCGUUUGCCACAUAUUCAGCCUGUUGCAAGGCGUCAACAAUUUAUUCAUGCUAAUCCAGAUAUAAUGGAUAUUUACUUAAGGGGUACGACAGGGGGUUAACUUGAGAGAUUAGUCUGGAUUUAAAAUGUUUUUCUUAAAAAUUUAUUCAUAUUAACUUAUUUCUUGUAAUUGAAAUUGUAAUUUUUUGUUGUGUUUAAUUGGAAACUUAAUUAUUUUAACAAGAUAGGUCCUCCAUUUCUACAAAACGUUUCUAAAUUUUAUAUUUGUGA